AAUAACUAUUCCGUUCGGGUCUCAACGCCAAAACAGCGAAGAAUCUUUAUGUAUAAUGAAGAUUGUUGUUUAUGUUUGUGUUGACAGUGUUGAAGCAUUUAUUGCUUGAAGAGGUUUAAUCAGUUGGUCGAAAAAUCAUUUCCCAUGGACGAAAUUGCAUUCGUUCAUUUCGAAUGACUCACUGCUUGUAAAUAACUUCUUUGUAGAUUGGAGAAAUAUUCGAUCGAGAAAAAUGAGUGACACCGAUUCGUCCACUUGUUGUAGCAUCAGAGACGAAGAGCUGGGCUACUACUACAAGUGUAGGGCAGCUUUUGAAAACAGCGAUAAGGAGAACAACAUAGAGAUGAUUACAAAUUUGAAUAAAAUAAUCAAGUCGAUCAAGGUAUUUCAUCAGUCACCUCUCUACACUGCCAUAUACAAACAGAAUCUUGGCUUGACAAAGAGACUAUUGAAAAUAGUGUCCCUGAGUGACAUGGAUUUCAGUGCUACUCAAUGUUUUGAGCUACUGCUAGACAAAGAUAACCGAGAAGUAUUAACUCUAGUUUUAGAUGAUUUUAUUAAGCGAAAAAUUAAUCCAAUAGACGGUUAUGGGAUUUCACCGUUUCACAUAGCUUGCUAUCUGGGCGAUGUUCAUUUAAUGGAGGAAUUUUUGAAAAUGGGGAAUUAUGUAAAUUUAUGCGUUCAUUCGUCAGAUUGUUACUUUUCUGGCUACUCUCCUUUGCAUUUCACCGUUCAGUCUGAGAAUCCAAAUGCUGUAGAUUUAUUAUUAACAAAGUACAAAUGUGAUGUUAUAAAAAAGAAUGGAAGAGGUAAAACUGCAUUUUACUUGGCUUGCGAAUGCCCAAACGAGCCUGUUCUAGACUUAUUACUAAAAUUUCAUUUCACAAUCAACAAAAAUACUGUCAGUGAUAAUGGCUUUUCAGUCAUUCACGAAAAACUCUUUUACAAACACAUGAUUCAUUUCAACGUCAUACGCUAUGUUAAAUUUGCUUCUCCUUGGACAAGCUGGACUCCGUUGCAUUAUGCCGUCGUCAUGCAGAAACCACACUUGGUUGAAUUUCUGGUCAACUUCGACGUCGAUAUCAAUGCUAAAGACGAAGAAGGUAUGACCCCUCUUCACUUGGCUUGUCAAUACAACGCUGAAAUGUUCAGCAAGCUCACAUCCAGCAAAUCGCACAGUCAAGCUGAAAUCAAUUACUGGAUACUAAACCAAAACGAGCAAGUAAAAAUUGCCGAGAUACUUUUGAAAAAAGGCUGCGACGUCAAUACCAAAGAUAAGUUAGGAAAAACCCCAUUCUUUCACGCACUGGAAAACUUUGCCAAAAUAUAUCCAUUCAAGAUAGACGAGUUCGUUCGGCGAAAUCUCAUCCAUAAGCGUAAAAAAUUGAUCGAACUGCUCUUGAGUUACGGCGCCGACGUGAGAAUCGCCGACGAAGAGGGCAUAACGCUCCUUUACGAUCUUGCCUGCGGAGACCAGGUGUUUCACGAGCAGGACAAAGUCGAGGUAGCCAAAGCACUGCUGAUCCGGGGAGCCGACGUGAACGCGAUAGCGAGCGACCACGGGACACCCCUGUACCUGGCCAUACGCAAUCAAUUUCUCAGCCUCGCGGAGAUCUUCGUCGAGCACGGGGCCGACGUCAACAUACGCUGCUCGUCGCAGAAGAAUUUCUCGCCCCUGCACAGCCUCAUCUAUCACUCAGCCUACUCGGAGACCUCGGUGAGACUCUUGAACAUGCUGCUGGAGCACGGCGCCGACGUGCACGCCAAGGAGUUGGGCCACGCCACGGCCCUGCACCUCGUGAUCGACGCCCACGGCAUCCAGAACGAGCAGGCGAUGCACACGGACGACAUGGCGCUGGCUCUGCUCCAGCACGGCGCCGACGUGCACGCCAAGGACCAGUACGGCCAGACGGCGCUGCACCGGGCCUGCUUGAAUCGCUACCUGUGCGGUACGCAGCUGCUGCUCGAGGCCGGGGCCGACAUCAACGAGACCGACGAGUACGGCAACACGCCCCUGGACAGCGCCUGCUAUCGCAUACAGCGCGACCAGCGCAACGGCUUCGUCGUCUGCAUCAGGCUGCACAUCGCCAAGCUCGUGCUCCUGGGUCGCAAAGUGUCCAAGCGCAAUCAGGAUCGGCUCGCCGAGCUCAUGAAGAUGUACUCGUAUCGAUUUCCGCUUCCGCCGAUCGACGCCCAGGUCGACGCCUGCCUCGACGAGAUCCAGCGCAUGAAGUCCGUGCGGGUCAACGUCUACAGCAGCUUGUACGACGUGGCGCGCCUCGAGUCCGACGACGACCUCGUCAAGCACUCGAAGAACGAGGAGUUCUGCCGCCUGGUCGAGUCCGAGACGUUCCUCGCCGAUUACCGACACUACGGCAGUCUGCUGCGGGUGCAGCUGAGCAAGGGUCGCGCCCGGGCCAAGCUGUACUCCGCCGCGGAGGACGGUCUGCGCUCGUGCUGGCAGAGGCCGGACGGCGGCUCGCUGCCGGAAAUGUGCAUCGAGAGGAUCCUGCACUAUCUCAGUAUUGAAGACUUGAAGAGACUAAGUCAAAGCUUAUAAGAGAGAGAGAAAGAGAGAGAGAUGCGAAGUUAUGUAAUAAGUUCGUUUAUCGAUCGAUAUCUAUUGAUUUUGUAUUUUGCACAUUUUAAAAAUCGUAUAUGUACAUAUUUACAUAAAAAAGUCCAAGAAGUAACGAAAUUAUUAUUAUUAUUAUUAUUAUUAUUAUUAUUAUUAUAUAAUAUAUAUAAGAUACGUUGCGCCCUAUUAUUGUUCACGAUUGAUUAAUUAAUGAAUUGUAAAACGAUCGUUAUGUAUGCACAUGAAAUGGUCUUGAUUAUUUACUCUUUUUUUUUUGAAAAACAUAAAAUUUGACAUCUAUACGGAAAAUUUGAAUAAAUCUAACAAGUAUUAUCAACC